AUGCGAACACGAGCCGUGAGCUGGUUCCAGUUGCUUGCCUUUGUGCACCAGAUACUCACCCCAAAUGCUCGAAUAAUAUCCUCGCCACAAUCGACAGCAGCAUUUGCCUCGGACGCGCAACUUCAGCCAUCUGAACUCUGCUCUACCUCCAAGAAAUCACCAGUAUCAGAACAGGAUACUCUGACUGAGAAAAUCUGUGGCGCUGCUGAUUUAGCCUCAUUUCAGGAUCUGGAUCCUGAUCCAGACAGACGUGCACUGGCUCAUUGUUUGGCUGUACGUAUCGAAGAGGCUCUUCUACCGCAUGGAGCACGACUCCCACACACCUCAAUUGCUGCUGCCGCAGCUGCUAGUGCAGGAGCUAGCAGUGGGGCCGCUGUGACUGCCAGUUCGCUUGGUAGUCCUGGUGUCACAUCUGGAGAAGAAGCAGGAACCAAUGAGCGAACCGCCAAAUCGGCUUUUGGACUUGCUAAUCCUCCAGUGACGACAGGAACAGACGAAGCGGUUACAGCACCUAAAUCUGGCUGUCAAACGACUGCUGAUUCAGUUCACGGGACACCGUCAUCUGAAGAGGUAGCAGUCAAUUCUACUGCCGAUUCAGCAGCCUCAAACGCAGCGGCUGCGGCUGCAGCUGCUGCUGCCGCUGCCACUGCUGUAGCUGCCUCGCUUUUACCUUUGUUAGUGGUUGUAGUACCUCCUGUCGGCGUCGGACUUGAACGUGCAGUUCAUUUACAGCGUGCCCUUUUGCCCAAGCCAAUAGACGAAAGUGCAUCAUUGCUUCCAUCAGUGAAUUCCAAAUGCAAGUUAUCAAGCCUUGGCAUCCGCAAUUCCGGUUCUGCUUUAUGGGCACCCCGGCUCAUCUAUCUCCUAGAAACGGCAAUCCAGGUUGAUCUGGAGGCAGUGAAGCGUAUUCGCAGAAGCUGCUGGCCUUUUUCACCGGGUCGGUUUCUUUCCAAGUCGCAAUCUGCAAUCGAAUCGGCUCGUUUUCGUCUUGUCUCGCCACCUCUACCCCUUUCCGUUCCUUUUACUUCUCCUUCUCGUGACGCCGUCGACUCUGCUGGUCGGUCUGCCUCCGAUUCUGACAGUAAUGGCUGGGCUGGUAUUGCUGUUGCCACGGCAGUCGCUGCGGCCGCUGCAGCAGCGGCCGCAGCCGCAGCUACUUCUGCCGCCCCAAAUAGCGGUGCAGAACCUAGUACUGAUCUAAGCAGUUUUCCCACAUCUUCUACCGAGUCCGGUGCUCCUAGUACUGCACUCUCCACUGUGAUUCCACAGGCUCCCCUCUUCCUUCUCUGCCCUGGCCUUCCGCAGCUACCAGCACCCAGUCUCUUGCUGGCCCUGUUAGCUGGCCUCGAGGUUGCCUGGUCCAGCCCACAGGCUCCUCGUAUUUCAGCUUCUGACAUGCUGGAGGAACUGAUGCCUGGUGGAUCUGCUGAAGGCCCAUUUCCGGUCCGCGGAGCCCCAGAAUCAUGCAAACAAAGAGCAGUGAGAUUGGUCGUGGACAUGGGAUGUCGUCGGGCCGAUUCUCGGUCCACCCUAUUCCAGCAAACUCUUGCUGUAUUCUCUCUUCUCUCUACAGCCUGCCAUCAGAUCGAUGCAAUCACUCCUGCACCACCAGCCCUCUUGAGAGUUAUUUCCACUGGGCCACAGCAUAAUCAGGGGCUGUCAGGAGUGGCGACCACAACAAGCGCUACCCCUACUGCUUCCAUACCCUCGACUCCGACAACGGCUACAUUAACGUCAACUGUCUCUUUGCCAACGCUACGCCGAGAUCCUUAUCGCCCCCUGCCGCCUUUGCCGCCGUUACAUCACUUGAUGGCCAGAUUGACUCCGCGAGAGUUGGCCGUCUGUUGUUCGGACGCAAGACGAAAUCUACGUCUACGACUUGGUUUUGCUUGGUUUGAGGCUACGCAAGCUGCUGUGGCCUCUGUUGCCGCUGCAGCCACUGCCAGUGUUGCACCUAGACCAACCCGAAACCCAACUUCUGGAUUUGAAAAGUAG